AUGCACAAAUCAAUCAAAUGGAGUCCAGCAAAACCCCAAAAAAGACCUGACAAUAUAAUUUCUUCAAAAGCUCGAGAAUCUGGCAAUAGUGGAUUUAAGCCUUCCUACCUUGUGGAGAAAAGGGAAAAUAUGAAAUUUAUAAUGUCCAAUGAAUACAUGAGGAUUUGGUUCGACGAAAGAAAGCGUUAUGAAACAGAGACUUACAGCAGAGAACAGAUAAUCAAAGAGGAAAGUAAAAUAAAGAGAAGGUUUGUACAGAGAAUGAUGACUUAUAAAAAACCUAAUAAGAAUGAACUUACUAAUGCAGAAUAUCAUAUUAAAAAAGAUGGAAUCCAAGAACAUUCAGUGGACUAUAGCAAACUUAAGUAUAAACCGGUUUGCCCUAAAGAAAAAGGAUAUGCACAAGAUGUACUACAUAAAGAACUUAAAAAAAAUAAAUCUAAAGAUGAGUCCAGGCAAAACAAAGGUGGUAAAGGCGACGUUCAAGAAGCAGCCAUUUGCUCAAUACCUUGUUGUCCAGCAGCAAAAGCCCAGUAA